AUGGCCUGUAAGCCUGUUCAAGCAAUACCAAUUGUGAUGGCCUGUAAGCCAUGCCAAGCAAUACCCAUUGAGAUGGCCUGUAAGCUAGUUCAAGCAAUAUCCAUUGAGAUGGCCUGUAAGUCUGUUCAAGCAAUAUCCAUUGAGAUGGCCUGUAAGCCUGUUCAAGCAAUACCCAUUAAGAAGGCCUGUAAGCCAGUUCAAGCAAUACCCAUUGAGAUGGCCUGUAAGCCUGUUCAAGCAAUACCCAUUGAGAUGGCCUGUAAGCCAGGUCAAGCAAUACCCAUUAAGAUGGCCUGUAAGUAUGUUCAAGCAAUACCCAUUGAGAUGACCUGUAAGCCUGUUCAAGCAAUACCCAUUCGGAUGGCCUGUAAGCCUGUUCAAGCAAUACCCAUUGAGAUGGCCUGUAAGCCAGGUCAAGCAAUACCCAUUAAGAUGGCCUGUAAGUAUGUUCAAGCAAUACCCAUUGAGAUGGCCUGUAAGCCUGUUCAAGCAAUACCCAUUGAGAUGGCCUGUAAGCCUGUUCAAGCAAUACCCAUUGAGAUGGCCUGUAAGCCAGGUCAAGCAAUACCCAUUAAGAUGGCCUGUAAGUAUGUUCAAGCAAUACCCAUUAAGAUGGCCUGUAAGUAUGUUCAAGCAAUACCCAUUGAGAUGACCUGUAAGCCUGUUCAAGCAAUACCCAUUGAGAUGGCCUGUAAGCCUGUUCAAGCAAUACCCAUUCGGAUGGACUGUAAGCCAGUUCAGGCAAUACCCAAUGAGAUGGCAUAUAAGCCUGUUCAAGCAAAACCCAUUGAGAUGGCCUGUACAAACAGUCAAUAA